UAAAAGUGAGUCUCUGCAGCUGUGGCUUUGACUUCUGGACGUAUUUUUAAAGAGAUUUGUGAAGCGCGAUUGCUCUGAAUGCAGUGCUGAUGAUGGAGAGCGUGCAGCAGAUGAUCACGAGGGUCUCGCAGGAGCUGAACUGCAGUCCCACGUCCCUCAGGGUGGCCGAACAUCUGGACCAACACGAUGAGCUGAGGUUGCUGCGCCAGGAGUUCCUCAUACCCAAAAUAUCAGACCUGCCACUGUCGGAUUUGUCACUUGUGGAUGGUUCUGAAGAUUGUAUUUAUUUAGCUGGGAAUUCACUGGGUCUCCAGCCGAAAAACACCAAAAAAUACAUUGAAGAGGAGCUGGAGAAAUGGGCCACAAUUGGUGUCCAUGGCCACCAGAAGGGGUCGCGACCUUGGGCCUGGGCUGAGGAGACCCUGGAGGAGCUGAUGGCAAAGAUCGUUGGUGCUAAACCUGAGGAAGUGGCUCUGAUGAAUGGACUGACAGUCAAUCUGCAUCUUCUGAUGCUUUCCUUCUACAAACCGACUCCAAAACGCUAUAAGAUUCUUCUAGAAGACAAGGCCUUUCCAUCAGACCAUUACGCCAUUGAAUCUCAGAUCCGGCUGAGAGGAUUGGACGUAACCGACAGCAUGCUGAUCAUUAAACCAAGACAGGGUGAAGACACCAUCAGGACAGAAGAUAUCGUGUCGGUCAUCGAGCAGGAGGGUGACGCUAUCACUCUGGUCAUGCUCAGCGGUGUUCAGUAUUACACCGGUCAGCUCUUUAACAUGGAGACCAUUGCCAGAGCAGGACACGCCAAGGGGUGUUUGGUAGGGUUUGAUUGUGCACAUGCCGUAGGAAACGCAGAACUGCAACUUCAUGACUGGAAUGUGGAUUUUGCAUGCUGGUGCUCUUAUAAGUAUGUGAACUCAGGGGCCGGUGGUCUGGCUGGAGCUUAUAUACACGAGAAGCAUGCUCACAGCAUCAAACCCACUCUGACGGGCUGGUGGGGACACAACCUGAAGACCAGGUUCCUCAUGAACAACGAAAUGGAGCUUCAGCCUGGUGUUAAUGGAUUCCGUCUGUCGAAUCAGCCUGUUCUACUGGUGUGUCCACUACAGGCCAGUCUAGAGAUUUUUAACCGCACGAGUAUGAAGGAUCUGAGGAGGAAGUCUGUGCUGCUGACGGGGUAUCUGGAGUAUCUGAUAAGACAUUACUACACCAAAGACCCGUCAGCCCCCAACCAACCCUUGGUUCACAUCAUCACGCCCUCUGACCCCCAGCAGAGAGGCUGUCAGCUGUCUCUGUGCUUCUCUUGUCCAAUCAGAACUGUGUUUCAGGAGCUGGAGAAGAGAGGAGUCGCUUGUGACAUGCGAGAGCCCAAUGUGCUGCGGGUCGCUCCAGUGCCGCUCUACAACUCCUUCACCGAUGUUCACCGCUUCAUUACUGCUCUGGGAUCAGCGCUGAGCGCCAGCAGAGCCAGAUAGACACAUUCUAUGGGUGCAACGUGAAGUAUUUUUAUUGGCUGCUGUUGCUCUGUGAAGCUGCUCGUUAACAUGACGAGAGCAUCAGUGUCCAUUACUGAUGAACCCAGUUUUAUAUGCAAUUGAUUGGAAAACAGCCAAUAAAUGUUUUUCUUCACAAUAGCUAA